AUGGAAGCUGAAGAUUUCAUAAAGCUCAGGCUUGAGUAUCUAUCCAAGUACAAACUUAUCCUGCAAAUCUCUUUCUUUUUAUUUGCAUUUCUAGGCUGUAUAAUAGCAUCUACAAUGACUCCAGAAAUGAUUCAUUAUUCCAGUGUAAUAAUCGAAGAAUGCGAAUUAGGCAAUGAAAGCUCAGACUGUUUUACAGAGACUGGGGCUGUCCAAACUUGAAGCGGAAUUAUUACUGGCGCUACUAAAUUUAAUCAAGUCCUUUUCCUGACUGCAACCCCUGAAACCAAGAAAAAUGUUGAAUUUGAGCUCGAUUUAAGAGUUAUUCUGAAAGGGAGAACAGAAAGUGACAAUACAGAUUAUCCGGUUAUAGAUAAAAGGACUGCUAAAAAAAUUGACUGCUCUAAAGGAGACUGCAGCAGCUUACUGAUAUUUUAUGAGCCUUAUCUGGACUACACAGUUUAUGAUUUGUCAGUAGAAGUGUAUUCGACGAUAAAUGCAGAUGACAUUAAGUUUGAUUUAGGAUAUAUUUCAGCUAAAUUUACAAAAUUCCAAUGGAAAAUUUUAGAAAAUAUUAAAAAAAUUUUAUUUAAAAUAAAAAAAUUCAGAAAAUUAAAAUAAAACCAAUUCCAAACUCAUCACAAAAUAUUUAUUUUUAUUUUUCGCUUUAUCCUCUCUGAUUUAUUUUAUCAAACAAACUAUCCAAGUCCCAUCCUACCUUUGAAGCUUUGACACAAAAAUGGUCGGAGUCCUCGGAAUUUCUUUAAUAAUCUUUGACGAGCCUUUUCUCGCAUUUUCUAUAUUUUUCCCUAGCCAUUACUGAAGCUGAACCUCCGCAUUUUGUACCACACAAUUUGUUGGGUUUUUCCUUUAUUUUUGGAUGGUAGAAUUUCAGAGCUAUAAACAGUUCAAGCACAGAUGGCUUUAUUUUAUAGCAGAAGGUAUCGUGGUUGGAGCUUUUUUUAUUCUUUUAUUUGUGGUUUACUGCUAUGUACAUUUACAGCUAAAAUAUGACCCAGCUUAUGACUGGGAAAAUGACCUGAAAACAAGCUAUAGGAAUGUAUUUAUUGCUGUAAUUGUACUUUUAGGCUUUAUAGGGCUAUGGAUAAUGUAUUUGUGUAUAAGAGCUAUACCGGUUAUGAGGAAAUUUACGACUAGGAAAAAGUUUAUUAUAAGGAUGAAUUUGUGUAUGAUGGUAUUGGCGUUUAUUGGGAUUGGAAUGGGAGCUUUUCAAUCGAUACCGAGAAAUGGGGAGCUUAUGCUUGUAUAUGUGGCUGCACUGAAUUUAUAUAUAAUUUUACUGGAAUGGCUAUUUGCGCCUGAAAAUAGGUCAUUAGCAGAUUACAACAAAGAGCAGGAAUAUGAUUACUCGAUACUAAAAUUGCAUCAGGAAGAGAUAGAAAUGACAGAAAAUUCAAUACAGAAUAAUUAA